GGGCCCACUUCUGAUCGGGAGCAAGAGCAGGACACACAUUUCACGUGGGAUCUGAAAGCAGUUCGUAAUUGACGAGCGUCGCCCAGAGCGUCCCGGAGCCAUGCAGCCUCUUUUCAACGAGGCCGCACGUCCUCGCCCACCCGUCCCUCUCUCCGUCAUGGGUGCCCGUCCACGCGGCCGCCUCGAGCGCGGCCUGGCCCCGACGCGACGGCGGGCGGGAGGCCGCGGCUGGACGCAGCGCACCGGGAGGCCUCCGGGGGAAGAGAACAUAUGAAAGACAUCGUGAUGCUCUAUGAAGAGGAGGCUGCGGAGUGGGCUCUGUACCUGAGGGAGAUCUUGCUACAUGUUGUGGAAAGGGAAGCCAUCCUGUUAUAUCUCUUGGAGAAUUUCUCUCUGCGGGAUUUGGAACUGCUGAGUUUAAACUCUUACAAAUGCAAGCUUUUGAUAUUAUCAAACAGCCUGCUUAAAAACCUAACUCCCAAGAAGUGUCAGUUUUUGGAAGAGGUACUUCGUUCACCAGAAAGUGUGGUUACUCUGCUGUGUGGGGUGAAGAGCGCAGACCAUCUCUAUCAAGUAUUAAAUAUCCCUGGAGGCAGAGGGGAGAUCUCGACUGAGCAGGAGCCUGAAGACUACAUCUCUGUGAUCGAGAGCGUCAUAUUCAGAGGUUGUAAGGACUACCUGGAGGUCGAUAUUCCAACAGACCUAAGAGUAGAACAUUCUGGGAAAAUAAGUGAGAGAAAGGAAAUUGAAGAAUUGUCAGAAGCUUCCAGAAACACCAUACCACUGGCAGUGGUGCUUCCUGCUGAAAUUCCAUGUGAGAAUCCUGGUGAAAUAUUUAUUAUUUUGAGAGAUGAAGUAAUUGGUGACACUGUGGAGAUUGAAUUUACAUCAAGUAUUAAAUGCGUUAGAACACGGCCAGCCCUUUGGACUAAGACAGUCUGGUAUAUGAAAGCUUUAGAUUUUCCUGCUGGCCCUGUCAAUGUCAAUGUCUACUGUGACGGAAUCAUGAAGGCCACAGCAGAGAUUAAGUACUACACAACAGCAAGGGCAAAGGAAUGCUCAUUGGGAGUGGCAGGUCCUGGAGAUGGUGUGUGCUGGAGUGACAUGGACGAACUUGAUGACAUUCUCACAUACAUAUUCAAAUAUGAGAUACCAUAUUAUGAGUUCCGAUCCCUCCAGACUGGAGUCUGCCCUCCCAAGGAAUAUACUCAUUUCAAAGAACUUCCAACUCUUCUCCACUGUGCAGCAAAAUUUGGCUUAAAGAACUUGGCUGUUCAUUUGCUUCAAUGUUCAGGAGCAACCUGGGCAUCUAAGAUGAAAAAUUUGGAGAGUUCAGAUCCAGCACAUAUCGCUGAAAGGCAUGGUCACAAAGAACUCAAGAAAAUCUUUGAAGAUUUCUCACAGAACCUCUACAGGGGCACAGCAGAGAGAAAUAAGAUCCAAGAAGUUAGCACAAAUAAUGAGCUGGAAAAUGACUAUGAAGAGGAUUUUACCUCAUUUUCUGCAUGUUCUCCCCCUGUACAGAACCCAGCAUUUCAUCACGAAAGCAGCCAGACAUACAGGGAGAGUGCAGAAGGAGCUGAGUCGCAUGAAACAUCAAAGGAGAAAGAAGAGAACAGAUCAGGCACGGAGGCCACGCACAGCCCAGCAGAGGAUGGCAGUGACAGUUCUGAGAGCCAGUAUGAUGACUUGUAUACGUUCAUUCCUGGAGACAACCCAGAAAUCGAUGCACGAGAGCCGCUCGUGAGCGACAGGCCACCUCUCCCCCCGCCGCGACCUGUAGCUGCUGCCUUCCAACUGGAAAAACCUCACUUCACAUCACAGGGGAAAAUGUUGGAAGGCCAAACGGAAAGAAGUCAACAUUGGUGUGAUCCUGGUGCAAGACAAGAAACAGGAGGUGAACCUAAAAGGGAAGAAGAAAAGAAAGAAGAGGAAAAGGAGCCGGGGGAGGAGGAAGAUCCAUACACUUUUACUGAGAUUGAUGACAGUGACUACGACAUGAUACUGGCCCAUAUGAGUACAAAGAAAAAAACUGGAAGUCGAUCUUUCAUUAUAAACAGACCUCCUGCCCCCACACCUCGACCCACGAAUCUCCCUCCGAAAGAGGAAGCCACACCUUACAUAGCCCAAGUGUUUCAACAAAAGGCAGCCAGAAGACAAUCUGAUGGUGACAAGUCCCAUGGUCCUAAGAGACAAGACAGAGCCCGGGUGGAGAGUCAAGCCUUGUCCACAGCAAGAGGCUGCCUGCCUGCCGGGCAGGAAGAGCUCAUCCUCCUGCAGGAGCAGGUCAAGAACGGGACACUGUCUGUGGACGAAGCCCUGGAGAAAUUUAAACAGUGGCAGGUGGGAAAGACUGGCCUGGAGAUGAUUCAGCAGGAAAAACUACGCCAACUACGAGAUUGCAUUAUUGGGAACAGGCCAGAGGAAGAAAAUGUCUUUGAUAAGCUCACCAUUGUGCACCAUCCAAAUGGUAAUGAAAGUGUCCACAAUGAAAAUAUGUCACAUAGCAUGCCCUUCGGCAAUAAGCUUCCUGCUCGACUCCAAGUUGAAAAGGAAUUUGGCUUCUGUUGCAGGAAGAAUCACUGAGGAAGGUUAUUAUAUGAAUGAAAUGCAAGAAUCUGCAGACACUGUGCUCCCUGGGUGAAGCAAGCUUGCAUUUGGACUGCCUGCUGUCUUCAGGGCAAAUCUGUACUCUGCAGGCAAAAGCAGUCCUCUGGCUUUCCGCAUUUGUUGUGGCCACAAUUUAUUGGCAUUGUACCUGCCUUGGAUGGGUAUAUAGAGAUUAAAAUUGAAUGUCAUAGAGCAAUUGCAUUCUUUGAAAAUUCUUGCAUUUUACAGUGCACUUUGCCACUGAGGCAGCUAUGUCCCAUUUUGAAAAUUAAAGGAAAACGAGAGCAGAGGAGUAAAUGCUCUGGAGCAAAGUUAUUUGGCCUGUUUGAGGCACUAACCUUGAGAGUGUACUCCUCCCAUCCUUAGAAUAAACCAUGAUAAUACAAAUUUGUUUAGGACAUAUUUGCCUUUUAAACGGUUGGUCCAUUUUCUGAAUUUCUCGCAUUCAAAGCUCUAAUUAUUAUUGUCACAUCAUGUGUGCAGAAACCUCCCCUUAUUUAGUGCUUAUUUGCAUAUAACCCUGAGAACAUUCUAUCUUUCAUUACUCAUUUUAAUAUACAUUUCUAUAACCCCUAUUCCUUAUUAAAAGGCUUCCAAUUUCCUCAACUUGUUUUUUGGAAACAAUUUACUAGCCCAGAAUAGAAUGCAGUUUUACCAUUCUGUGAUUUCCAUGCACAAUUUCUGCAAAUAAAAUGAAUGUUUAAAGCUA